AUGAAAGAAGGAAAGAGAGAAGGCAAGGCUGUGGUGGUAGGGGGAAGCAUAGCAGGGAUAUCGUGCGCGCACGCGCUCAUCAGAGCUGGCUGGGAAGUGGUGGUGGUGGAGAAAACCUCUGCGCCGCCGACCGGCAGUCUCACCGGCGCCGGACUCGGACUCGACCCUUUGGCCCGGAAACUCAUCGAGUCUUGGCUCCCUCAGCCCGACCUUCUUCAUCACUCCACCUUGCCACUCACAAUCGACGAACACAAGGCAACAGAUGCAGAAAAGAAAAUCAGCUGGAAAUUAACAAGGGAUGAAGAUUUCAACUUUAGAACAGCUUAUUGGGCUGAUCUCUAUAGCCUUCUGUAUAAUGCUCUGCCCCAAAAUAUUGUAUUCUGGGGUCAUUCAUUUCUCUCCUUUUCUUUAUCUGAUGACAAAUCUCGUGUCAGUGUCAAAACGAAGGUCCUUAGUACUGGGGACAUGAUCUCCAUUGUUGGUGAUUUGCUUGUUGCUGCUGACGGCUGUUUAUCUUCAAUCAGGCAAAGUUUCCUUCCCGACUUCAAACUAAGGUAUUCGGGUUAUUGUGCAUGGAGAGGGGUUCUUGAUUUUUCAAAUAAUGAGAAUUCUGAAGCCAUAAUUGGCUUAAAGGCAGCAUAUCCAGAUCUUGGUAGGUGCCUUUACUUUCACCUGGGAUCAAGAACUCAUAGUGCCCUUUAUGAGCUAUUGAACAAAAGGAUAAACUGGAUUUGGUACAUUAAUCAUCCUGAACCAGAACUUAAGGGAACUUCGGUUACUAUGAAAGUAAGCAAUGACAUGGUCAAGAAUAUGCACAGAGAAGCAGAGAAGGUUUGGCCUCGUGAGUUUGCGAGGUUGAUAAGAGAAACAAAGGAUCCGUUUAUAAACAUAAUAUAUGACGCUGAUCCCUUGGAGAAAAUUUUUUGGGAUAAUGUGGUGUUGGUUGGGGAUGCAGCUCAUCCCACGACUCCCCACGGGCUGAGAAGUACAAACAUGUCGGUUUUGGAUGCUGCAGUUUUAGGUAAAUGCCUCGAGAAGUGGGGAUUGGAGAAUCUAACUUCUGCGCUCGAAGAGUAUCAGUGUGUUCGGCUGCCAGUUGCAUUGGAGCAAGUUCUACAUUCGAGGCGACUAGGUCGCAUCAAACAAGGUUUGCCCUUGCCUGAUUGCCAUGCUUUUGAUCCAAUAAAUGCAACUGCAGAUGAAUGUGAAGAGCUUCAGCUGAAGAAAAUUCCUUAUUUUAGUGAUGUACCUUCACUAUUGUCAAUAUGAGGUAGCCUCAAGCAUUGUUUUUGUUAAGUUGUAGCAAAAAGUAUGGAGUGUCAUGAUAGCAUCAUGAGAAAAUGUUCAUAAUAGCUUAAGGUCUUGAUAAUGUAUAUUAGAUCAAGGAUUGGGGUUUAGAGUAAUGCUGCCUGAUGAGCUAGAGAAUAAGAAAUUUGUAUUGCUCAAUGAGUACAAGGUGAUUGGGACUUUGAUCAACUAAGAUUGGUCGGACAACUUUGAUAUGUUAUAAUUAGGGGUGGGCAUUUCGGUCUUCGGUUAGGUUUCAAUUUUUCAGUUUUGAUAUGUUAUAAGUAUGUUUAAUUCACUGUAUUAAAAGUUUAGAAAGUGAUUAUUAUUGUGUUA